AGUCCUGAUUCGAGUAUCUUUCCAAUUUUAAGAAAUAAUUAAGUGAUAACCAGCAAGGGCGUGACCGGAUGAGAUCCAUAUCGAAAAUAAAAGGACGCUUUGUGUUGGAAAAUGUGGAGUAGAUUUCGGAGUAGCAUCCAGUAGCCAUGUCACGUUUGUGGCACAUCUUGCUGAAUCGGACAGCAGCCUAACAGGAUGAAGACCAUCCUGCUGGCUUCGGUGCUGGUGUUCGUAGUUGAGGCUCGGUUGAUCGUCCAGAUUAGUCAGAUUGUGCAUGAAGAUUCAUGUGAUGAUUCCAACGUCCCGCGAAAGAGUGAGCUGGAAUUAGCCGAAGAGAAGCUGGCGACUCUCCUGGAGGAACUGGAAGAUCUGAGGCAGCAAAAUCAGACGUUGCAGAGCGUGGUGGAUGCGUUGCAGAUUGCACAAGAGGCCUACAAUGAUUUGCUGAGUUUGUUGAACGAAUUGCAAGGGGGGAGGAGGAGGAGGAGGAGGAAGAGGGCGGUGUCAAAUGAGACAUUAACAUCGUGCAGCGAUCCGGACGAAGAAAUUACGGGGGACGCGUCCGAUUUGUUGACUUACAUCUUAGACUCCAUGGAAGCUUUGGCCAUUGAGCUGCAAAACGACCCUUCCCUGACGUCACAAUUGGAAUGCCUGGCCAAUCAGCUGAUCGGCUUAUCAGCUGAUCUGAAGAGCGGAGAUCUCGAACCCCCGUCGGACGUGGAUGCCCUUUUGAACCGGACACAGGAUUUGCAGGAGGAACUCGCCGAUUCCUUAUCCGAAGCCAGGAGUGACCUGCAGGAGGUGGUGAGUGCCAUGGAGGCGAAGGAGGCCGAGGUGGAGGCGCAGGAGGGGGAGAUCGAGUCGUUGCAAGGUGGAAGUCCUGAAGAAAAUACUGACGGAGGCGGUGACGAUGGCGCAGAUAAUUCUCAGCCGGAGUCCAGCCCAGAUCUGCUGCCUGAACCGACUGAAUCAGCAACUGAGAUGUCUCUUGAGUCAGUCGAGUCAGUGACUGAAUCAGUAGUGAUUCUGAUUGAAACAACUGAACUACUGGUGGGGUCGACUGAGCUUCCGAUGGGGUCGACUGAGCUUUUUAUCGGGUCGACUGAAUCAGCAGCAGGAACCUCAACUGACACGGCCACGACGGAGGCUCCAGUCGACCUGACGGAGAUGGAGCUGGCGCUGAACGAGACGCAGGAGGAGCUGGAGGAGACGGAGGCGGUGCUGGAGCAGCAGGGGCAGCAGUACGCCAACCUGACGCAGGAGAGGCAGCUGCUGGACCAAGCCCUCAACGAGACGAGCGAGUCCACGCAGGCCCUGGAGGAGCUGAACGAGGCGCUGGAGGGCGGGAGGAGGCACCGACGGAGGCGCGACGCGAGCGACAACUUCACGCUGCCCUACUGCCCCGAGGGCGAGGACAUCAGCGGCACGGUCCUCGCGAUGAUCCAGACGGCGGUCGGCGACGGCGUGUCCAGCUGCCUGACGCAGUUCAUCCGCCUCCUGAAGGACAAGAUCGUGGCCGGGGACGUGAGCAUCAGCGAGGAGGACAAGCAGAGGGCGAGGAACGCGACGAGCGAAGGGCUGGCGAAGAGGGAGGAGGAGUUGGCCGAGAUUCAGGCGACGAAGGAGAAGGUCGUCGAGAAGCUGAGGAACGUGACGGAAAAUAUCGCCAAGCUUCAGGAGCGGAAGGAAGUGCUGCAGAAGGAGAUCCAGGAGAAGAAGGAGAAGAUCGAGAAAGUGCGAGAGGAGGAGGAGGAGGAGGAGGAGGAGGCGAGCGAAGAGGAAGACCGGCCGUCAACAGUGGGGGUCCCCUUCGAAACGGCCGCUGAAGGGCUGGAAACGUCCCCUGAUGCCCCUGAACUUCCGCCCGCUUCAGAAACAGGACUGAUAGAAAUGAUAGAAAUAACCAGCGAAGUCCCGCUAUUCUUCGCCCCUGAAACCACCGACGUCGAGCCGCACGAAGGCCCGACGGAGAUCCCGGAGACCGAGUCCGUCGUUGUCCCCGUGUCCUUCCUUCCCGACAAGGGACAGACAGACAUCAAGCUCCUCCUGAACGUCACCGACGACGAGACCAACACCACCGCCGGGGUCUUCGUAGCCAUCAACUUCACGGACGCCCUCAGCCACGACUUCGGCGGCGGGGGCGAAGUCACCGUCGACGUCAGAGCCCAGAUGGAGGGGCGCAACGGGACGGAGACUGUGUCUGGUUUCUUCGCCAUCCCUGUCGACGAUGAGCUCCACGAGGCGACGCCCUUCCCCGUGGCGGCGUCGAAGCACGUCCACGCCGAGGUCCUCAGCCUCACGCGGGACCCACACACCAACGCGGUCUCCUUCAGGUUCCUGGUGUCCGUCACCCACGCCGGAGUCACCAUCACUUUCUCGAUGGAGGUGGUUUUGGUGCUGAAGGACGACCAGCCCGGCACCGCCACGAUGUCGUCGGUCACUGUAGAAGAAAGUGCUUAGGGUGAGAACGACUGAACUGAACGACAGAGCUAAACGACUGAACUGAACGACAGAGCUAAACGACUGAACUGAAC